AUGGGUGCGGUUUGCUCAUGCUUUCCAGGCUAUCGCUUGGACGUGGAUCAGCGCACUUGUAUCGACGUGAACGAGUGCGAGGAAAGUGAACCAUGUGCGCAACUUUGCGAGAACACACAUGGUUCGUAUCGCUGCAAGUGCUAUCCGGACUUUAUGUUGCGUCCCGACAAGACCACCUGCAAAUCGAUUGAAAGUCAGUCGACACUAAUGUUCUCCACCUACAAUGAAGUGCGCAGCAUGACAGAACAGCCAAUCACUUUGCGAGUCGCUUGGUCGGUAAAUGACUCAAAGAUCGCGGGCUUCGAUUUGAAUGUGCACAAACGAAUGGCUUACUUUAGCACCGAUGUGGAGGAUGUGUUAUACAAAGUGGACAUGGAUAAGGGCGAAGUGAAGUCUGGGCUGUGGGUGCAAACCCCCACAAAGGUGGCGGUAGACUGGAUCACAGACAACGUCUAUGUCAUUACGCGCGCUGGGCAGUAUGGUAUCAAGGUGUGCUCGUUUGAGGCAAGGAUGUGUGGCCUGAUAGUUCAAGCCAACCCGCGCGAAACUAUACGCGCAUUGGCUGUAGACGCACUCAGUCGUCGGCUCUUUUACGCCACCGUGCGCGCACAAAGCUUUAAUGAACCUAUUACCGAGAUCAACAUGGCCCACUUGGAUGGCAAGAAACAUGUGACACUGCUACUAAAGCGCGGAGGUUAUAUCACCGCCUUAGCCUGCGAUCCUUACAAGCGUGAACUCUACUUUGUGGACAUGCACACAAAAACACUGCAAGUAUUUGAUUAUCGCCCGAGCAGUUCGGGUGUGCCGCGCACUAUUAUACAAAAGGGUAAUGUAGUUAUGCAUCCAUCUGGGCUCACCAUCUAUGAGAAUCAAGCGUUUAUUGUGAACAUCGGCUCCAAGGAGGCAGUGCACUGUCAGCUUUUUGGCGCACACACCUGCAAAGCCUUCAACUUGAACAUACUCAACGCCGAAGAUGUUGUGGUAGACGGCGCAACGCGACAACCACACGCCACUAACCCUUGUGACAUGGCCAAGUGUCAUGGUAUGUGUGUGCAGGCCGAUUACGGUUAUGAGUGUAUGUGUGGCGAUGCUUUUGUUGGUGAAAAUGUACGCUGUCCGAAAGAAGCAACUAAUGAGAUACUGUCCAGUGCUUUGCUUAACGAUGAGGGGUACUCGGACCACCAUGAGUCGACUCCACAUGCUGCGGUUACAAUCAUUUUGAUUUUGUUGCUCUUAGCUAUGCUUUGCACCGGCGUUGGGUACUUGUACUAUCGUCGCGUCUCUCAGGGUCAUCGUGAUUUCAAUAUCAACCUGCAUUUCCAGAAUCCAUUAUCUGCAUUCACCAGCGUCGGUGUCGGCGGCGGUAAAUUUGCAGGCAGCAUGCAGCAGCAGAGCGGCAUCAGCAGCACAACCGCCUCUUUUGACGGAGACACACACAGCAACGGCGGCAGCGGAGGUACCGAGAAAAAGCAAUAUAUUUCGCCGAUUUAUAGAUUCUUGCGAAAUUCCAGAAACGACUCGUUUUCGGGUGCGGAGAUUCUUCUCGAGGCGUCAGCGCCACCCGACGAAACAGACGGGUUGGCGACAUCUCAACGAGCAGCCCGCAGUGCCCUGGUGGAGACAGAAUCUUUUUACACCGCCGCUGAUACAAUCCGAGUUUCACAUGAUGAUGAUGAUGGUGCAAGAGCGAAACAUGUCGCCUAGAUAAGGAAAUCACUUUUUCACUUCUUACAUACAAAUAUUCGCAUACAUAGUAUAUCUUUGAUUAAUUAAUUUUGAAAUCGUUUGUAGUUUUGCAUGUUUCAUGUUGUCAGUUAUGGUAGUUAUUUGUAUUUAUUACUGUAAAAAAGGUAUUAGUGUAUAUAAAAAGAAAUAAUAAGUCAG